GCUCCCCGGCUGGGGCUGCGCGCUGGCGGGGCUCCGCAUUGCACACUCUGGGGGCGCCGCAGUGUUCGUGGGAUGGGGCGGCGGGUUGGCGCUGGCGGCCGGACUCCGCGCGCAGCCCGGGUGCGAGUUCCCUCCCGUUGUCCCAAGUUCUGGCUCCCAGGCCCCCUGUAUGAGUGACGCCUCGGUCUGCCAUGGAACCUGGCCCUGCCCUGGCCUGGCUCCUGCUCCUGAGCCUGCUGGCUGAUUGUCUGAAGGCCGCUCAGUCGCGAGACUUCACAGUGAAAGACAUUGUCUACCUCCACCCUUCAACCACACCAUAUCCCGGUGGAUUUAAGUGUUUCACCUGUGAAAAGGCAGCAGACAAUUAUGAGUGCAACCGAUGGGCUCCAGACAUCUACUGUCCUCGAGAGACCAGAUACUGCUACACUCAGCACACGAUGGAAGUCACAGGAAACAGCAUCUCUGUUACCAAACGCUGCGUUCCACUGGAAGAGUGCUUGUCCACUGGCUGCAGAGAUUCUGAACAUGAAGGCCACAAGGUCUGCACUUCCUGUUGUGAAGGAAAUAUCUGUAACUUGCCACUCCCCCGAAAUGAAACCGAUGCCACAUUUGCCACAACGUCACCCAUAAAUCAGACAAAUGGGCACCCACACUGCGUGUCAGUGAUAGUGUCCUGCUUGUGGGUGUGGUUGGGACUCACACUAUAGCAGCUCAAAGGCACCGUGUAUAGUAGCAAUCCCUGGGGAUCUCCAUGGUCCAUGGUCAUGCAUGAGUCAUGGGCUUGACAAUAGUUACAUGUGUGAAACCAUGACACUCAACAGAUGUUGCACAGCCAAGCAUUUCCACUUACCAUGAGGAACAAGCAUUGCUUCCGUGUAGUCAUUUCGAGUCCGAGACCUUAUUAAAGCCAGCCUGCCCGCACAACAGACCCUGAGUUGUAUACCACAAACGUUUCUUUUUACCCCAGGAAAAUGGUUGCAUUUAUUGAGAUCUGAGGCUCUUAGUUUGGAGGACAUGCAUGAGCCAUGGGAGGUCCUGGGACCCUCUGAGUGUUAGACAACGUGUUAUAUGGACAUGCACAGAUGUGUGUUCUUCAGGAGAAAGGCGAGGGACCACUGGUUUAAAUAUAAUCAUGAAUUUAUUUAUAGUUUUAGAAUUUUACAACUUUGAUUCCAAAAUGAACAGACUGUUUCCUUGGAGAUUCUGACUGGGUCCCUGGAAAAGUAGUAAGUAGUUGUCCAAUUUAAUUUUCCCAACAUUCUUCUCCCAGUGGUUGGAAUCCUAUUCCCUCUGCACUGUGCAGGAAAUAAGAGGCAAUCAUAAGUUUGUUGUAUAGGGGGAGGGGUAGCAGGAGAAGGAUUUUUUCCCAACUUAAUGGAACUAGCAUCCAUAAAGUAGCUGCAUAUCCUUUCAUCAUAAUUGGUGAGAUUGGCCAUGAUUUGGCACCUCGUUGUGCUCCGUGAGAUCCUGAAUUCUCCUUGGGCCAAGGGUAUCCAAGGAAUCUCAAAGUAAGUUAGAGUUUUCUCCACUCAUGGAGUUCUAUUCAGGCAUAGCUUAGCUAGACAGAGAAUUUCAGAAUAAGAGGAAGAUGUGUGGAGAUUGACCUAUGUUCACAGAGGGCCCUUCCAUCGUACAUCAUACUGCCAGGGAGCCCUCCUGGGUUCUUCCUCUUUCAAUUCUCUAGUGACUUUAGGGAGAAGGUUCUGCAUCACAUUAUCUCAAAACUUAUAGGGAAAGGAGACAUAAUAUCCUAGGAUGAGAAGUAGGUGGGCCACUUGGGUGAUGGUGAGACUAGUAAGGAGACCCAGUGGGAAUUUUUCUUUCUUUUAGGUGAUUGCUUUUGAAGUAGAUGGUAACAUUUUUGCCAUUCUUCCUGUAUUUUUGGCCUGAGUUACAACUUUUUCUUCUUCCUUGUAAAUCAUUUAUACAAUAUUUAUUUUUGUAUGGCAUAAUGAGAAACUUAAAUAUAUUGUAAGAUAUUCUUUAUUCUGAACAAAGUGACCAAAUUAGAAUACUUAUUUUUUCAACAGUGAUAGAGCUUGUAAUAUAUGUUCGUUGAAAGUGACCUAUAAUACUUGCAUCAGUGUUGAAAAAAAUUAACUUAUGUUUGAGCAAGAGUAAUGUGUUGGCCUCAAGGGCUUUUGCUCAUGGUUUCCUCAGCGUUGUUGUCCCAGCAGUGUUCGGGUGGUGACCAUCACUAGUAUGAGUUCUCUGCAGGGUUAAGGGGCAUAUUUGUAUGAAAUUUGGUGGAGCCAUUGCUGAUAAAGAGGAGAGUAUUGUCAGGGUCCAUCUGCCUGCACAGGAAGAUUUCUGAGGCUCAUAAAAGGAGACCCCCCCUCAGGGAUUACCAAAUAUGAACCGACUGACAGUGGUAGCUGUGAUAUGAAAUAAUCUAAAUUGCAUCAAAUGGCCUUAAAUGAGAGUUCGGUAGGCUUGUCAAUGUGUUGCUUAUAAUUGGGGAAGUAGAGGGAGAUAAGACAUUUACUAAGCACCUCUUAUGUGCAGGCACUAUGCUAAGCACUUUAUAUACAUAUACAUAUAUAUAUAUAUAUAUAUAUAAAGUCAUAUGAAACCUGCAAGCACCCUAUAGGGAAUAUUACUAGGAUUUUCACUUUACUGAUGAAGGUACUGAGACUCUACGAAGCUCAAUAACAUGAAGCCUUUUCCUUCCAAUUUAGGUUCUAUAGGUUGAGGUGGGAUUGAAGAGAGCAGAGAGGAUAGAAUUAGGAAAACUAGGAAAACUUCCAAACCUGACCGUGAGAAUCUGUCCAUCUGAUCAUGUGGUGUUUGACUAGUCCUGUCUCUGCAGGAUGCCAUUUGUAUGGUGUGUUUUUUCUUAAGGGGUGGAGGCAUAGCUUCCUAGUCCAUUCCUCUUGCUAAAAGAGGAGACAGGUUAACUGCUAUAAAUGCUCUAAGUCAGUGAAAAAUUGAUGUUGUACAUAUCUCCACGUACCAUUUUUGUGCAUGGCCACUCCACUGAUAACCGCCACGUACUGCAUGCAAUUUGAGUUAAGAGGCAAAGUCGAAAUGUUGGUUCUUAAUGAGAAGGCAACCUCUCCAAAGCCUCCCUGUCUGGUGUACGGGGAACCAGGUCCACAGUGCUGCGAACUCAUCUGCCACCCCAGGGAAUCACGACAAACUCUGCAUGAACCUCGCGUGGCUAUCAAAACGGCUGGUGUUCUGUUCUCUUGAAAGAAAGAGGUUUGCUCGCCAUCCCCAGCCUCAAGGAGCCAAGGAAGGGUCACUUAUGUGGAAGGGCCAGGACUGGUCAUCCAUCUGACUUUUCUACCACAUUAAACUUCCUGUUAAAUCCCACCAUUGGUGACGGCUCGAAGUGCAAACAGCCAUGAUGUGUACAUUAACCUAUGUGCCAUUUAUUUAUUUUCAGAUUCCCCGUUGCAUUCAUGUCAAGAUGGGAUUAAUGCCUAAAUUUUGUAAAUACUGUACAUUUUGUAAAUCAAUGAAUAAAGGUUUUAAGUGUA